AUGACUGGUGAUAAUGAGACCGGUGAUGAGCAUGAUCGCCAUCAAGAAUUUCAGACAAGAGUAAUGAUUAAAUUUUUACGAGAAAAAAUAACGGGGAAAGUAUCAUUGCGUACAUUAACAUCACCCACUACAAAACAUGACAUUGAUGAACUACAACAAAUUGCUACGAAUAACAACAAUGUUACAUCAUUGAACAAGACAAAUUCACAAAAUAGUUUAAUCGGUGUACAACAAACACGAUCACGUGAUUCAAGUUCAGAUAGAAAUGAAUCACAAUAUCAGGUUGAAAAACUUACAUCAAGUACUCAACGAAUACGUAGUACUAAACAUGACCAUCAAAUAUUAUCUGUUUCAUCAACAUCUCUCUCAUCCACAACGUUACCAGAUCACCAUAUCACUAGCACAACAAAACAAUCGAAUACAUCUCCAAUCAGUAUUCCAAAAAAACCUCCAAGAUCUCAAGUAAGUGAAUAUUAUUAUUUCUUCUUUUAAUAUAUAUUCAAUUCAAGUGAUUGACAGAAUGUUGAAGGUGAUGUGCGCCUCAAUGAAAUACAUAAAAAGAAAAAAAAAAAAAAUCACAUAAUUUAUCGUUUAUAUUUUAAUCGAGUUCCUGUCCAUAUAGAUUAAAAAAAUAGUGAGAAAAAAAGAAGAAUGUACAAUCAUCAAAUUAAACAUACAGAAGUAUUCAAAAUAUUGGACAUAUGUUCUAGACUUUAAAAGAAAGACGUAUAUAGCAGUUGUGUAUGUACUUCAUUGUUACACACACUUAUGAAAUAUUGACACACUUUUAGUGUUUAUUAAAAAGAAUUAGUAUCCAAUACUAUAGCUUAUGUGAUGGUUUUUUACUCAGAAGAAUGAGCCAAAGAAAGAAAAAAAAUAGUUCAUAUUUUUUUUUUUAAUUUUCAUUUCUUUUACUUUCUUCAAACUACAUAGUUCUGACGUACUU